AUGCAGUUAAUCAAACUGCGUGGCGGUCUAGAAACGCUAUUCCACUCCACCGAGUACAUGAGGCCUGCACUUCUGUACCUCAUGGUUGUUGGAGUUAUGGGAAACACGACCAGCCCACCAUCGCAACAAAUUCAUAUCACCUCCCAAAACAGGAUCCUUCCGUUGAUAGAGGAAAUGUAUGGGGAAGGCCUGUUCCCCGCGCUGCUCUGUCCACCUCAACUGUUUAUAAAAAUAGCAGAGAUCAACCAAUUCCGAUAUGAAACAGACAGACUCGAGAUCAUAUCAGACGACACAAGAGACGCCGCUCACAGGCUACUGGAGGAUAUCGAGCGAUUCGCGCCCCAGGAUUGGUCCGACUCCGCUCCCAACAAUCAGGAGGACUGGCUGGUACUAGGCAGCGUUUAUCAAUCCGCCGUGCUCAUCUACUGCAUUGCUUCAUUGCAGAGCUUGUCCGUUCUUCCGUCCACAUCCGAACUGAACGCUACCAGAGCGGCACACGGGCAUUCACUCCUAAAUCUUCUAAAGAAGGCCCUCCUGCUGCCGCAGAUGAGGAAGUGCAUGCUGUGGCCGCUGGUUGUCGCUGGAAUGGAAACCGGCCGUGCAGCAGCACCGUCUCGUCAAUUCGUUGGCCACGAAUUGCGUAUCAUGAGUCAGGACCUCGGGACACCCAUCGCAUCAUCGGCAAACACCGUCCUUCAACGCUUUUGGUCCUCUGGGAAAGACACGUGGGACGACUGCUUUGAUCGGCCUUGUGCAUUCGUGACAUAG